AUGGGCUCCAAUAUCGUGUAUUAUUUGAGAUCCACUUUAGGAAUCUUUGUCCUAAUAAUUUGUGCAAUAUAUGGUGUCAUAGCAUCAAUUGUUUGUACCUUAAUUGGUAAACAACAUUUAGCACAAUAUUUAACAGCCCGUUGUUACUCUAAUGCAAUGAAAUACAUCAUGAAUAUUGACGUCAAAGUCAUUGAUGAAGAAAAUUUGAAAAAUUUACCCUUUAUUGUUGUAUCAAAUCAUCAAUCCAUGUUGGAUAUUUUAAUGCUAGGUAAAUUGUUCCCACCUGGUUGUACCAUUACAGCCAAGAAAUCCUUAAAAUACGUCCCAUUCUUGGGUUGGUUUAUGGCUUUAAGCGGUACUUUAUUUUUAGAUAGAAGUAAUAGAACAAAAAGUGUGACUACGUUACAUAAUGGGUUGACCAAGAUUAGAAACAAUAAGAGAGCCAUCUGGAUCUUCCCCGAGGGAACUAGAUCACAUACGACUGAUUUGGAAAUGUUACCAUUCAAGAAAGGUGCUUUCCACUUGGCACAACAGGGCAAAUUACCAAUUGUCCCCGUGGUAGUCGCUAAUACAAGUACCAUAAAGAGUUCUAAAUGGAAAGUUUAUAAUACUGGUUGUAUGGUGGUGAAAGUAUUGAAACCACUAUCUACUGAAGGCUUACAAAAAGAUGAUAUCCCUGCCUUCAGUGAAAAAGUAAGAGAUUUGAUGGAUAAGGAAUUAAAAGAAUUAGGGUAUUGUCCGGCUAACAACAUCACCAAUUUACCACCUAACGUUUUAGAGGCUCAAAAGAAAAAUCUUUGA